AUGGCCCUCCCCGCGCGCGCCGCGGUUCUGUCCGUCCUGCUCAUCCUGUGGUGGUGCCGCGCCUCGGAGGCGGCGGGCGGCGGCGGCGGCGCCGAGGUGCUCCUGCGGGCGAAGCGGCCGGAGUUCGCGGCGUGGAUGGCCGGCGUCAGGAGGGCCAUCCACGAGCGCCCCGAGCUGGCGUUCGAGGAGCACGAGACGAGCGCGCUGGUGAGGCGGGAGCUCGACGCCAUGGGCGUGCGGUACGAGCACCCCGUCGCCGGCACCGGCGUCGUCGCGGCCGUGGGCACCGGGGGUCCCCCGUUCGUCGCGCUGCGUGCCGACAUGGACGCGCUCCCGCUGCAGGAAGUGGAGUGGGAGCACCGGAGCAAGGUGGCCGGGAAGAUGCACGCCUGCGGCCACGACGCGCACACCGCCAUGCUGCUCGGCGCCGCCAGGAUCCUCCAUGAGCGCCGCCACGAGCUGCAGGGAACCGUGGUUCUUCUGUUCCAACCGGGCGAGGAGGUCGGCACCGGGGCCAAGAAGAUGGUGGAGGCCGGCGCGGUGGACAAGGUCGAGGCCAUAUUCGGGUUCCACGUCACUGUGAUGCUCCCCACCGGCGUGGUUGGAUCUAGAGCCGGCCCGCUGCUUGCCGGCUGCGGGUUCUUCGAGGCGGUGAUCACCGGCAAGGGAGGCCACGCUGCAAUCCCCCACAGCAGCGUGGACCCCGUGGUGACCGCCUCCAGCGUCGUCCUCGCCCUCCAGAGCCUGGUCUCCCGGGAGGCCGAUCCCCUGGACGCCCAGGUGGUGACGGUGACGAGGUUCCGAGGAGGCGACGCGUUCAACGUGAUCCCGGACUCCGUCACGAUCGGCGGCACGUUCCGGUGCUUCUCGAACGAAGGGUUCAUGCGGCUGAAGCAGCGCAUCGAGGAGGUGAUCGUGGCCCAGUCGGCGGUGCACCGGUGCGCGGCGGCGGUGGACUUCCACGCCGGCGGGCGCCCGCUCCUGCCCCCGACCAUCAACAGCGCCGCGCUGCACGCGCACUUCGAGGCCGUCGCCGCGGAGACGGUCGGCGCUGACGGCGUCCGGGGCACCAUGGAGCCGUGCAUGGGGAGCGAGGACUUCGCCGCCUUCUCCGAGGCCGUGCCAGGCUCCUACUUCUACUUCGUCGGGAUACGGAACGAGGCGGCCGGGUCGGUGCACGACGCGCACUCGCCGCACUUCCUCGUCGACGAAGGCGCGCUCCCGUACGGCGCGGCGAUGCACGCAAGCCUCGCCAUGACGUACCUGCAGCGCCGCCAGCGCGGGGAGCCCCACGAUGAGCUCUAG